AUGGCCCAGAUCUCCGCCGCGGAGGCCAAGGCGGAGCUGCAGCGGGCGGCCAAAGCGGUGCGCGAGAUGCUGAAGCUUGGCUGGGAGAUGACCCCGGCUCGCAAUGCUCGGCUGCUGAUGGCCCUGCAAAAGGCUGAGGCGGAAAGCGGGCGCCAGGUGACGUUGGCGCGCUUUUGCGCGGCGCUGCUACAGAUGUUGGAAGGACGUCCUCAGGUGGUGUUCGUGCUAGAUGUGUCCGGGGCGAAGGGCAGCUGUGAGGAUGAGCUGAACUCAGCCGUGACUUCCCUGGCGCGCUGCUUCAGCAAGCACACCUCAGGCGCAUCCUUCAGCGUUGUCGGCUACAGCCCGGCGGAGGUUCUGCAGGAGCCCGGGGAGGUCAGCGCCCUGGAGCCCACCUUGGCGCGGGCGGCCGCCGCGGCUGCGGCGAAGCCGCAGGCGGGCCAGGCGCUGCGGGAGGCCAAGAAGCUGCUGAGGCAAGACAAGGGCGAGGAUCGCCCGCAGGCGGUCCUUCACAUCACCGUGGCGCCCGAGAGCUCCAAGGAAGCGCAGAAAGCCAUGAAGGUCUUGGACGCUUUGGGCACCACAGUUCUGGGCUUGGGCAUUGGCAGCGUGAAGGCUGGAGUUCGGAUAUCCCGGAGCCGAAGGCUGGCCACCGAAAGCUAUCGGACAGGCGUUGCCCGGGAAACGGGGCCCGAGAGCCCGGCGGCGCGGCUGCGAGCAUUGCUGGCCGAGAGGCGUUUGGUGGUGAUGCCCUGCUGCUACGACGGGCUCAGCGCGCGGCUCGUGGAGCAGGCAGGCUUCGAGCUCACCUUCAUGACGGGCUUCGGCGUCAGCGCCAAGAACGGUUUCGCGGAUUGCCAGCUGGUCUCCUACCAGGAGAUGCUGGACUCGGCUUUCCAAAUCUGCGGGGCCCUGGACCGCAUUUGCUGCAUUGGUGACGGGGACACGGGCUACGGGAACGCGGUGAACGUGAAGCGCACCGUCAAGGGCUAUGCGCAAGCUGGCAUGGCAGGCAUCAUGAUCGAGGACCAGGUGGCGCCGAAGCGCUGCGGCCACACGCAGGGCACCACCGUGGUGCCACGCCAGGAGGCCUUGGCGCGGGUGAAGGCGGCCUGCGAUGCACGGGACGAGGGAGCCAGAGACAUCUGCAUCAUGGCGCGCACGGACGCCCGCGCCACGCUGGGCCUGGAGGAGGCGCUAGAGCGGUGCCGCGCCUUCCAGGAGCUCGGGGCGGACAUCACCUUCCUGGAAGCCCCCCGCAGCGAGGAGGAAAUGGCGAGAUACUGCAGGGAGGUGCCCGGGCACAAGAUGGUGAACAUGCUCCCCAGCGGCAAGACCCCGAUGCUGAGCCACGAACGUCUGGAGGAGCUGGGCUUUGCCAUCGCAGCUUAUCCCUUGACCCUGCUCUCCGCAGGGAUCAAGGCGCAGCAGGCCGCCCUGCAGGGCUUAAAGCGGACGGGCUCGGCGGAGCCCCAGCUGGAGCUGGACUUUGGGGCGCUGAAGGAGGUGGUGGGAUUCAGCGCCUACUACCGCGAGGCGCCCAGCAUUGCCUCACUUGGCAGCGCGAAAAGACGGGCGGCCGCCUUCCCAGAAGGAGUGCAGUGCAGAAUGAUGCCAUGCCAGGUGGACAGCCUUAUGAAGCUGAGCAGCCCAGGGCUGGCGUUCAAGGCCUGGGGCCCAAGCGGCCUGCCAGGUCUUCGUUGGGUAGCCUUCGAUGGACGCCUCAAGUUGCCACGGCAGGUGGACGCAUCGCAAGUCCAGGGCUUCCUGCAGGACGCGCAGCAAGAAGUCCAGCGGAUCCUGGAGGCAUCGCAGGCCCAGGACCCAGAGGAGAUCCUGAAGCUGCUGGAUGGGCCAUGA